AUGACUCUAGUGGCUGUGCACAUAUGGCCAGUCGAGAUGAACAUCGAAGUUAAAGAAAGGCAUGGAUCUUGUGGUUCAAUUUGGUUUCGAGUUUUCCUGUUGCCGAAUAAGUUCAGAGAGAUUUCAAGCCUAAGACAAGCUAGGAACUGGCAACACCGAAUUUUUGCAGCUCGCGCUUGGAACUGGAUAGAGGGGAUUUUUGUUUUAACUGCUCAUUGUAACCUUUUGACUUCUUAUCAAGCAACAAAGUGGAGAAGUCCUAUGGUGUGUGAUUUGUGGCUGCUGGCGAAUCUUGUUCUCAAAUCUGAACUAUGGGCAUUGCGGAACAAGGGAGUAUUUGAACAAAAGAAAGCAAACUGGAGCAUAUUCUACAAGCGUGUUCUAAAGCUAAUUCAAGAUUAUUCAGUCAGGCUCCGUGGCCAUAUGAAGAAUAAUGCUGAUGACGUCCUCAUUCUAAAUUAUUUUAGGGUGCAUCAUAAAACUGUUAUGCAGUUCCAGCCAGUGGAGUGUUAUUGGCAUCCUCCAAAUGAUGAUGAGAUCCUUUUAUGUUGUGAUGGCGCGGCAAGGGGAAACCCAGGCAGAGCAGGUGCGGGAGUGGUAGCAAGAGACGCAUAUUGUAAUGUUCUUGGAGCUAUGUUGAUAGGUCUGGGAAUCACUACUAAUUUCUUGGCAGAACUCUAUGGAGUUAUUGUUGGACUUGAAUGGGCUAUUAGAUGGGGUGUUCGAAGAGUUUGUAUUCGUUCAGAUUCUUUUAGUGUGGUGGAGGCUCUCAAGAACUCUACUUUACCUUGGUUUUCAAGACAAAGGUGGGUAGCUGUUUGUAGAAAUUAUGAUGCUAUAAGGUUUGUCCAUACCUACAGGGAGGCGAAUUUUGCAGCUGACAACAUGGCAAAGAAAGGUUGUUUACUAGAGAAUGGUGAAGGAAUGCACUACGAAGGAAGGUCUCUUUUUUUGAAUUCAGCUGAAUACCCAAAUGUUAUUUAUUAUCGUUUCAAAUAG